AUGGGCGUGGGACGCCGCAUGAGAAAGCAGGGUCCCCCAGCGACUCUGGAGGAAUUGGGCCUCAAUCUGAAGCGUAAAUCUGCCAGCGAAGAGCCCAAUAAACCCGCCCGGAAAAGGAGGAAGUCGGAGGAGAAACCGCAGCUGACAGCAAAUGCCUCAAAGAAACUCGUCAACCUCGACCGAGCCUCUCGGAAUGACCCUCCUCCUCCUACGGUGUCAGCGAAGACAGGUGCACAGAAAAAAGUCAAACUGGUAAACAACGAUGCGCAAAUUACUGUGCCGCCUCCGAUACCUGCUGGUACCUUCGAGGGAAUUGAUGGGGACGAGGAGGACGAGGGCGACGAGAGCGAUCUCAAUGCCACAGAAGUCGCCCUAAACACUGUCUCGCUGUCAGACCUGGAAGAUGAGGACGAAGAUGAAGAUGAUGACGAACUGGCACAAGCAGAUCUCGACGGGGAAAUCUCUGACGACUCCGUCUUCGACUCAGAUCAGGAAGAACAACCGCGCCGCAUGUUCUCCGAGGAUGAGGAUGAGUCCGAUGCCGAAGCCAAGCUCACCGCUGCCAACAUCGAAGGUCUUUCGCGAAAGCUCGACCAACAACAGGCGCAGGAGGAUGCAGAAGCUCAGCAGGAGCUGGAAGACGCGGCCCUCCAAACAAAUAUUGCCAAAGACGAAGGCGUGCUCGACUCGGCCACCACACAAGGUCUAGCGCCCGACCUAUCCAUCAUUCGCACAAGGAUGACUGAGACGAUACGAGUCUUGGGCAACUUCUCACAGCUUGCGGACAAAUCGAAGUCGCGAACCGACUAUACCGAACAGCUGCUCGCCGACAUCUGUACAUACUACGGCUACACCCCUUUCCUCGCCGAGAAGCUGUUUUCGCUUUUCACCCCAGCGGAAGCAUUCGCCUUUUUCGAGGCCAACGAAACCCCCCGCCCCGUCGUCCUCCGUACAAACACCCUCCGGACCAAUCGCCGCACCCUUGCUCAAGCAUUGAUUAAUCGAGGCGUCGUCCUGGAGCCCGUCGGAAAAUGGUCCAAGGUCGGCCUCCAAGUUUUUGAGGCUCCCGUACCGCUGGGUGCAACACCAGAGUACCUUGCCGGACACUAUAUCCUCCAAGCUGCGUCCUCAUUCCUUCCCGUUAUGGCCCUCGCCCCGCAACCGAAUGAACGAAUCCUGGACAUGGCUGCCGCGCCCGGUGGAAAGACGACCUAUAUCUCGGCCUUGAUGCGAAAUACCGGCGUCGUGUUUGCCAACGAUGCCAACCGCCAGCGAGCCAAAGGUCUCAUUGGUAACAUCCACAGGCUUGGAUGCAAGAACACCAUUGUCUGCAACUACGAUGCGCAAAAAGCCUUCCCAAAAAUCCUCGGUGGCUUCGACCGUGUGCUUCUGGACGCCCCCUGCUCCGGCACCGGGGUCAUUGGCAAAGACCCCAGCGUGAAGACAUCCAAAAACGAACGCGAUUUCCUGGCCCUCCCGCACCUGCAAAAACAACUCCUCCUGGCAGCCAUCGACUCGACCGACCACGCCAGCAAGACGGGCGGGUACAUUGUCUACUCGACGUGCUCGGUCACGGUAGAAGAGAACGAAGGGGUUGUGCAGUACAUCCUGCGCAAGCGACCCAACGUCAAGAUCGUCGACACCGGAUUGGGGAGUUUCGGCUCCGAGGGGUUCAAAAGCUACAUGAACAAAAAGUUCGACGACCGCAUGAACUUGACGCGACGGUACUUCCCCCACCGGGAGAACGUGGACGGGUUUUUCGUGUGCAAGCUGAAGAAGACGGGGCCGACGCCCAAGAAUGCGCCGGGACAACAGACCAAUGGGGCGGCUGAUGGACGAGAGUCACGGUCCUCCGUUGCCGUCAAUGCAGACAAAGACAGAGCCAGAGACCACGCCUCGGAAUCGAACGGUGCAGUGGACACCGCCGCCGCCUCGUCGGCCGAUGAUUUCGGCGGUUUCAACGACGACGAAGACAGAGAGCUUAUCGAGCGGGCCGAGAAAAAGUGGCUCAAGGCCAGAGGACUUGAUCCCAGGGUGGCGGAUCGCAAGAAGCAGGGCGAGGACACGCAGGAUCCUCCCAAAAAGAAUGGGGGUGUCGUCAGCGGUGGCGUCGAGACCAAACAGAGCAGUAAAAGGUCGAAGGCAAAGGGGGUCAAGGCGAAGAAGUAA